CAUUAUUUUAUUGAAAAAAAGAUUUGAAAUAUUGUAUUGUUAAUUUUGUAUAUAUAAUUAGUAGAUAAAAUUUUUCAGCUAGAAUCAAAGGAGAAAACCAUAUUGUGUCCAGUUUGCUUUUCUGUAGAAGAGCACAUUUGCAGAGCAUUUGUUGAUAGUGCUUAAAUAUCAGAUAGUUCUAAUUGCAUUUCAUAGAUUUGGGUUCUUGAUUUCAGGCUUUAUUUCCCCCAAAAGGACAAAAAAUCUGUAUUAAAAAUGAUACAAAGUCUGCAUUAAAAUGUGGUCUAGGCAGUAUAAGAAACUUGAGGACUACAGGUUAAUUAAAAAUAGUAGCAGAUAGUAGGAGCAUGCCUUGCCUCUAAAAAUCAGGUAUAUACUAUAGUGUGGUAACUGGAAUGCCUCAUAGUUGACUAUGACUGUUUUCUAAAAAUGUAUUGUCAGAUUGUUGUCAUAUUUUAUAGAUAUAAUGAAUAAAAUGUAGUUGCAGGUUUUCAGGGCUUCUGAAAAGGUGUUGUUUAGGUACCGUUUCUCAGUAAAUGUAUUCUUGUUGCUAUUUCCCUUAUUUCCUUCCCACUUUCCCCCCAAGUUGUUUACAUCAUAAAUUAGAUUGACUUCUUUCUGCUAGAGCAUAGUGUGGCCCUUAUCUUGACUGAGGAUUUUGGAUAGUAUGGUAACAGGCAAUUGCAGAUUUUUUUUUUUUAGUGCUAAUUAAAAUAUUUUGUAGAAAAAGGGAUUUGUAAAUACUGUUUCAGUAAUCUUGACAAUAUUACUAGAUUUGUGAAAAUAGCUGACUCAUCUGUUUAGUUUAUGGGGUUGAAGUAAGUAAAAUUUGUAUACCUGUUGCCCCUCUGGAAACAUUUUUUGCAUAUGUUUGGCCUGCAAAACUGAAACUCGUAAAUUGACGCUUGAAAUGAAUUUUCAUGUGCGGUGGUCUUGUAAUCCAGGUGGCAUCUUCUUUGACAUUAUAUUGAUAGUUUCUUUAUUUAAAAAAAGAGGGAGAGAACAGAAGAAAACUCCUCAGAAACUUGUCUAUGUGUGUAACCGGUUUUAUAUACAUCUUUAAAAAACAUGGACGAGCUAACUUCAAGUAUAAUAAGAAACUCUCAAAACUAUACUAAGCAAUCAAAUUUAAUAAAAGUCAGAUGAAGAAUAUCGAAAGAUUUAAUUGCUUUUUGGAUGAGGUUAUCAUUAGGCAGUAUUCAUCUGAACAGGAGUUUCACAGGCUGGGAUGACCUUGUUUAAAAGAAACUGGCAAUGAGCCAUGCAAAACUGUUCUAAAAUGCUUUGUUUCAUUGUGUUGUUUGAACUAAUAGGAAACUUGUUUUUAUUCUUUUAUUUUUGUUUUGUGAGAUCAAACUGCAGUAUGGGAUACUUUUUCUCAAACUAAAGCUGCUGUAAGUAUUUUUUUUCUUUUGCUUUAAACUCAAUUAAUGGCUACUGCAGUUUUAGCGGAAGUUGGGCCCUAGAAGUUACUAGUCCUUUCUGAAAGUCAUUUUCUGAAUUCCUGCUCAUGUAAGUUGCACAGAGCUCUGCUAGUCAUUUUGAAGAAACUGUCUGUCCCCUUUUUAUCUAAACGGAUUCACAUAUCAGGGCUUUGAGCCAGCAGACCAAUAUAUUAUUUAAUUGUUGCAUGCAGGAGUGGAUCCAGCAGAAGUGCAGUUGCACUCCCUUUGAUUCUUGCUUUACCCAGUGUUUACAACCAACUGUCUGGCAUGGCAGUAUCACUUCUAUUCAGGCAACAGUGAGGGAGUCACUUGACUUCAUGAUUUAUUAUAGUCUACCUGAUUCCUUCUAAACUCUCUAUUUCACGGGUGUUAAUGAUCCUCUCUCCAUUUUAAUUAUUCCACUAAUCAACUUAUCCUUUGUUCUGCCUGUUAGCUGCUCUUGGUAAUGUAGCUUCUGUUUCACAGCCCUGCAGACUGCUUUUAACUCUAGCUAGAAAUAUUAAUUCAGAUACGGAAAUAUUAACUCAGAUGAACAUUAACUUAGGUCUUGAAAUAACUUUCAGUGAAGCAUUGGAUGCACUGUCAAGAUGCUCAAGAAGGCUUGAUUUUGUUUUGUGAAGCUGAAAGAGAUGCACAUUUCAUGACAACAGGACUAAUGAAACAACAUAUUUUGUUUAUUAUAGUUUGUUGUGUUUUUUAUAAAUACUGUAUGAUAUAGCAAAUGAAUGCACAUUCCAAUAAAGUUGUAUUUGUUUUGGUUGACUAAUAUAGCCCUUAGCCUAUAGCUUAUUAGUAGAACUUCUAGUUUAUUUUUAUUGUAUGUGAUGAUGCACUGCACUAUUUGCAUUUCCCCUCCAGCCUACCCUUUCAAAAUCCUAGAUUUGCCCAUGGUUGCACAUGUUCUGUGCCAAGCAAUAAAAUGCUGUCCUGCUGUGGGAACUUAAAAUGCAUACUCAAGCUGCUGCAUUUCUGUAACUAGGUUUGAUUAUGCCCAAACUGCUUCCCUUUCAAUUUGAAGAGCUGGAUUAGAUUUGUGGGGACUAACUUUUUUGGCAGCUGUGCCACAAAUGAGCUUCACAUUCUUCCAAAGUGCCUCUCGGAUCCCCUUCCCCUGCUUGCUCUGCUUCUCUGCUUUCUGCUUCGUUCCCUGUGCUGCCUGCCCAAUUUGCUGGUUUGCUUUCUGCUUCAUGCCCUAUCUUAUGUGUGUCAUUUGUGGCACCAGUGCUUCAGGUUGGCCCACCCCUGAAUUAGAAGAUGUAGUUUUAUAUGGGAAAUCUUGUUUCACUCUCCAUCUAUAGAAGAAUAUAAUCUAAUGUAGUUUCAAGUCACAAGAUCAAUCAGUUUUGUACUGUUGGGGUUUUUAAGUUGUUUUUGCAUCUAGCUUUCCUGUUUUAGAAGUGAGAGAGGGCUUUUUCUUUUUUCUUUUAUUUUGUUUUUAAAAGAAAAUACAAGAAAGAAAACUAUAGUCUUAUUGUUCAAACCACUGAAACUGAAUAUUGUUUUAUAUGUUGAAAUCCUAGCUGCGUCACAUUGAGAACAAAUUGGAAGUCGUUCCCACCAGUACUGCUGUGUUUGAUUCUGUCAUGGAUGCCAAGAAGUCCUCUGCCAAUGCUACCAGGAAAAUAAGCAGAAAGGCCUUCAGGUCCUUCAGUCAAAAUAAGUCACGCAAGGAGAAGACCUCUCGUAGUCCUCUUCGUGCAACCACUCUCGAGAGCAAUGUGAAAAAAAGUAGCCGUGUAGAAUUUCGUGAACCUUUGGCUUCAUACAGGGAAACAUAUGGUUCCCCAUCUUAUCACAGUUCUAGCCAGCUGGAGGCCAAGCAUUUGCAAUCUAGCUUGGAAGGUAGUGAAGCAGAGGGAAAGAUUGAAGGAACAAACCAUGUGAUGUAUAACAGAGAUGAACGGGACCCACACAGCAGGGAUUUUGAAAGCCCACAUUCUUCUGCUGCAGAUGAGACAGUUGUCAGGUAUUUGAAUGACCGUCCAGCAAUUGAUGCCUUGCAAAGCAAUGAGAUUCUUUUUAAAGCUGUAACACCUACAAGAUCAGAGGAGGAAAAUAAUGGAUCCAGAGGAGAUGAGAGCGGCACUAAAACUCUGAGUACCACAGCCCAGGAUCCUGAACUGAAAGGGGUACGGCUGUCAGAAUCUUCCCCUUCCUCCACUAGUACUUCCAGUGCCCACAGGCUAGAAAUCUUAAAGCGGAGACAGCAUGAUAAUAAAUUGGAGAAGUUGAAGGAGCGGAUUAGAAAGCAGUGGGAGCAUUCUGAAGAAUUAAGCAGCAGAGGACAGCUUCAGGGCUAUGCUGAGCAACCAGUGGUAGUAACAAACGUGGAGAGUGCAGUGACUCCAAAAGUCAGAAAAGUAGCAGUUGCACCUCCUGCUCCAGCAUACAAAGGUUUUAAUCCUGCCGAGACAAAGAUUCGUACUCCUGGUGGAAAGGUCUGGCAUGAAGAUGAAUUUCACAGUAUUAGCAGGGAAUUAUAUCGAGAUAUAGCACUACAGUUAACUGAGGAUUCAACAAUGAAAGAGACGGCUACUGAAAAGGGUAAGGAGAAAAAAAGCACCAGGCCAAUGCGCAAGGUCCAAAAACUGAGACGGUCAUCAAGCCCAGAUUCCAAAUCAGGUGGAAGCCAUGUGAUAAAUGCAUCAUCUUGGCGGGAUGGACAAAAGCUAGUAAAAAAGAUACUGGGUCCAGCACCCAAACUAGAGCAACAGGACAGAAGAGCAACAUCCAGUGACAGGACUGGAAGGGAAAGAGCUACUAAAUCUUCAGGUUGUAUUGGAAGGACAAGCUCAGAUCCCAGGCUGGAUGUUACCAAUAAAACCUAUUCAAGAAGUUCGGAACGGUCAAGGAGUAAAGUACGGUCUGAGAAUAACCUUAAGAAAUUGGAAAAUACUCUUCCAGAGAGUAAACAAGAUGAUCACAGCUCAUUAAAUAAGGAUUUUCUACCUGUGGAGAUACGUGGAAUUCUUGAUGACCUGCAGUUGGAGUCCAUGACUCAGAGUACAAAGCAGGAGAAAGAUGGUGAAAAGCAGAGCCAGAAAUUUGUUUUGCUUACUCAAGGUGCCAGGAGCCACAGUCCAACCAAAAGAAAACCAGACAAGCUAGCUUCCUGUGAAGAGCCUCAAGUUAUCUCCAAAAAGCGUCACUAUGAUACAGAUGAGGUUCGCCAGUACAUUAUUAGACAGCAAGAAGAGAGGAAGAGAAGGCAGAAUGAAGAGAAGAAGGCACAGAAGGAAGCAACAGAACAGAAGAACAAAAGACUUCAAGAGCUUUACAGGAAACAGAGGGAGGCUUUUGCUAAAGCAAAGAAUAUGCCACCUCCUGAACCUUCAGCAGCUAGGCGAUUACAAGAAACCUAUUCUAAACUGUUGCUGGAACAGACUCUGUUAGAGGAGCCUUCUAAGCUUGCUGCUGUUCAGGAAAUGCAGGCCAGGCCAGUAUAUCAGCCAUCUGGGGAAUCGGACAAAGAAAACAAAGCACAAGAACGUCCUCCUAGUGCAUCUUCCAGUAGUGAUAUGUCCCUGUCAGAACCGUCGCAGCCUCUUGUUAGAAAUGAUUUGAUGGAACCUACUUGGAUACAACCAGACAGAUUGAGCCCACGAGUCCAGUUUUCGCAACCACAACCUUUUGCAGGCUCAAGUGGGGGUCUUUUCUCCCAGCUUUUGAGCUUGGAGCAGAUGGGCCUUUUGCAAAAGGACUUUGACACAGCACCAUCACCCAGGAGGAAUCAUAAUGCUGCUAUGGGAUCUCUGACUCUGACAUCUCAGCCUUACCUGAAUUCAUCUUCUGCACAGCAAGAUCUCUUAGCAAAACCAGCCACUGGUCAAUACAGGAGUAAAUUGGAACGCAUUGAAGCUCUGAAAGCUACGGCUGCUUCUCUCUCUAGUAGGAUUGAAAGUGAAACCAAGAAGUUAGCUGGGGCUGGCAUUAAUUAUGGCUCUGUCUGGAACACUGAGCACGAACUCCUUCACCAAGGGAAUCUGGAUGAUGGGCGGUGGGCUAAAGUUGUGAGUCCUCCUGUGAGAGAGGAUAAUGAAGAUGUUUUCUCAGCCAGAAUUCAGAAAAUGUUGGGUACCUGUGUGUCUCAUACAAGUUUCGAUGAUAACCUUCCUGGAGUGGGCAACCUAAGUGAAUUUAAAAAGCUUCCUGAAACUAUCAGGCCUCAUACAGCUGCAGUCAGCCUUGGAAUGAGGUCCCCAGCCAGUCAAAGACCUGAAGGAAUCCUAGGACAUUUAUCAAAGAGGUCAACUGACUCCCCUGGUUGUGAAAAACAGCCUUAUGGUCAAAACAAAGUCAUAAUUCCUCGUGAUUCUAGCAUAGAUUCAAUCAGUGAAGGACCUCUUCUAAGUGAAGGGAGUCUCUCCGAGGAAGAUGGAAGCCAGAGUAGACAAUCUCCCUUGAAGACAGCUGAGGUGUUCAAAGAAAAGGAAUUUUGUGUGCGGGAAAAAAAUGCUUUUGAGCCCAUAAAAGAAUUUCAGAAGGAGGCUGAAAAGUACAUGCCACUUUUUACACAGACAAGUAGCACUCAGAGUAAGGGACCAUGGGAGGAACUAGCAAAAGGAAGUCCACAUAGCGUCAUCAACAUCUUUGCAAAAUCUUACCAGCUACAUGGAAAAGGACUUGAAGAAAGGUCAAAUGGUGGGUCUCCAAUCCUGCGACCUUUACUUCCUGCCAUGAGCCCUCCGGAUAGUGUUGUUUCAUAUGAAGAUGACUUUGUUUCAUCACAAGGGAGUGGAACUCUGACAGACAAAAAGAAUGGUCUUGAGCCUAGUAUCAGUGGCAGCAGCAUUGCCAGUAUUCGGGAAGAACUUCGCAGCAGGAGGUCUCCUCAUGAGCCUCGGUCUGUAGAACUUGGCUCUCCGCAUUCAUCUGGGCACCGUUCUGCAGCAUCUUCUCGCUCAUCUACUUCUUCUAAAAGAAUUGGGAGAAAGGAAAAGCUAGAAUCUUUUAAUGGAAGUUCACGUCAGUUUCCCAUGGAAGAAGACAAAAUGCUGUCUGAGUCAGACCAUGGAUCCCAACAGGCAAAGAAGUCCUUACCUAGCAGCAGAAUUUCCAACAGAGAUCAUGAGCAGAGUCCAGAUACUGACAGUACUUUGGAAGAGCUGUCUGGGCACUCAGUGAGUUUCUCCGACAAGGGAAAAUCCCUGAAAACUCCAACUUCUCCCCCAUCUCCAGGUUCCCAGAAACUAUUACAAUUUGACUCUGUAGGCAAUACAGAAAGGGCCAGAUCUCCUGGAGGCUUUUCUUUGGGUACAACAUCAGGAUUCAAGUCCAAUGUACCCUUCCCUGACUUGAGCAUGGGAAUCAACAGAACCACAGUAGGAGCACCUUCAGUGACUGGAUCUAUGCACCUCUCCCCAGCUGGUCUCCAGCAUCGUUUGUCAGCAGAGCUUAAUUACCUGAAUGUCAUCGAAGAGUCUGUACGACAGCUUUCAGAUGUAGAACGAGUACGGGGCAUAUCACUUGCCCAGCAGGAAAGUGUUUCCUUGGCUCAGAUCCUAAAGGCACAACAACAGCGACAUGAGAGGGAUUUGGCUCUCUUGAAGCUCAAGGCAGAGCAAGAGGCUUUAGAAAGUCAGAGACAGUUGGAUGAAGCCAGGCAGAAGGCAGCUCAGGUCCAUGCAGAAUCUCUCCAGCACCUGGUCCAGUCACGUCAGGAGGCUGUAGAAGCACUACAGGAAACUACGUGCAAAAUUGCAGCCAAACAGGUGGAAGCUGCUUUAUUGACCACAGAUGCAGCUCGUCAGAUCCGUGAGAUGACAGAAUUAGCACGAACUCAGAUACCAGAAACUGUCAGUGCUCCUGCAGCUCCAAUCACCGCACUAUAUGAUGAUCAGCGGCAGCAUCAUUCAGAGUUCAUAAAACAGAUAAGAGCUUGUUCAGAUCCAAACAGGAAAAGUGAAUCUGGUGUCCCUUCACAGACUAAAGAGGAUACAACUGACUCAAAACAGAUGUACUCACCAUCAUUUGACAGCUACUCAGAAUCCUCACGAUCCAAGAAUCAUGAUAGGAGCAGUAGUAGUAGCCUCCAGGAGAGUCCUUCAGUUCCAUCUUCCAAGGAGAAUGAAAAGAAAGAGAAGAAACCCUCCCGGCGUGAAAAGAUGACCAGCUCCAUUGAAGAUCAUGCUCCAACUGUUGUGGAUGAUUCCUUGCGGAGUGAUAGUAUUCCAUCACUACCAGAUGAGAAAGGUUUAGAUUCAGCUUCCAUUGCAACAGAGUAUUCCCUGAAAUUUGAUGAGUCCAUGACAGAAGAUGAGAUUGAGGAAAAAUCUUUCAGAUCUUUACUGCCUUCUGAGAGCCAUCGCAGGAUCAACAUGGAGAAGAAGCGAGGUCAUCGGGAUGAUUCUGAUGAGGAGGUUUCCCCAGAAAAGACAGCCCUGUCAUCUAUCAAGGAGCUAAGUAUGCCAUUCUCAGGGGGUCAGGAUAGUUUCUCUAAAUUCACUAUGGAGAUGGUGCGACAGUACAUGAAAGAAGAGGAAAUGCGAGCAGCUCAUCAGUCCUCACUGCUCCGCCUUCGAGAAAAAGCUUUGAAAGAGAAGACCAAGGCUGAACUGGCCUGGCUGGAACACCAGAAAAAACACUUGAGAGACAAAGGAGAGGAUGACAAGAUGCCUCCCAUUCGAAAGAGACAGCGUGGCCUGCUGCUGAAGUUGCAACAGGAGCAGGCAGAAAUUAAACGUCUCCAGGAGGCCAACAAGGCAGCUAGGAAGGAGAGACAACUGAUUCUGAAGCAACAGGAAGAGAUAGAACGAAUCUGCCAGACUACAGUGAAACUGCAGGAAAAACUGAAGUCUGCAGGGGAAAAUAAACUGGAGUUGCACAGUGAAGACGACAUAAAGCAGAGCAAUGCUUCCAGCCCACUUCCAACCGACACAGAAACCCGUAGCCCUUCCCCUAUCUCCAUCUCCAGUAGCGAGACUAGUAGUAUUAUGCAGAAGCUCAAGAAAAUGCGCAGCCGAAUGGAUGAAAAGUUCUUGACUAAGCGAGAACAGAAGCUGAUGCAACGGCGACAGCAUGCUGAAGAAUUACUGGAGUGGAAGCGCCGUCUAGAUGCAGAGGAAGUAGAGAUACGCCGGAUAGAGAAACAAGCUUUAGCUGCCUGGGACAAACAGCUACUCAAAACAAAAACAGCAAAGAAGGACCUGGGCGACCAGAGGACUGAACCCAAAGAAACAGCCAGUGAAGAAGAGUCUCCAGUGCUUUCCUGUUCUCAUCUAAACAGUGAAAGCUCUGUUCCUGAAGAACUAGGGAGUCCACCUGCUGAGUCUAUCCCAUCAGAGAUUAUAGGGCAUGAACAACCUGGAAGCCCUGAUCAUAGUACACUUACUGAAGAAAUAGUUUCUUCUCAGGGCCUCAAGUCCACUACCUCACCUGCCAAGCUUUCUCCUUCCAAAAGCAGUACAUCUCUGUCAAAACAGGAUUCCAGCAAAGGAAGCCAUAGAACUGGAGGGCAGUUGCGUUUACCUUUGAAAUCCCAUCAGGUGUCCCACAGUUGGUCUGAUGAGUCUUUAUCCAUGACACAGUCAGAAACUACAUCUGACCAGAGUGACAUUGAAGGCCGGAUCAGGGCCCUAAAAGAAGAGCUACGGAAGAGGAAGUCUGUUGUCUACCAAUUGAAAAAGCAACAGAAGAAGAGACAGAAGGAAAGGCUGAAGGCCCAGGAGGCCAGUUUGAUCAAACAACUAGAGUCUUACGAUGAGUUCAUCAAGCAGACUGAAGCAGAGCUGAGCCAAGACUUGGACACAUCACCCACAGCUAAACCUCAGAUUAAAACUCCAUCUUCAGCUACUGAAAAACCUAAAAUCAAGCCACCUCCACUCCAUAGGCCUGAGGCGACAAAGAAUUGGAAAUCAUCGACUGAAUCAGAGCGAUCCAAAGUAUCUUUGGAAUCCAUUGCAGAACAUGUUGAUGCUGUACCAUCAAAUACUGAGCGAUCUGUGUCCAUGCACAGCAAGAGAUUCAUUGAAACAGAAAUUCAUACAGAAGAGCCUUCCCAAACCCUGUCUCCAGUCUUAAAGUCACCAAGGAAAUCCAGAGCAGAAUCUGGUGAUUCUUUGGAUAGUGUGUCCUCCUCAUCUUUUUUCAAAGACAUAGGAGAGUAUUGUAGACUAUCUCAGGUGUUACAGAGUAGGUCAGAAAAUGCAUCUGUUAAUGACAUUGUGUCGAGUCACAGAUCUAAGUUACCAGAAGAAAUGGAGUACGUAAAACCAGGAGAAUUUGAAGUUGAAGGUGCUAAUAUUAAACAUUCAGAAUGCUCUGAUGCCAUCUUAACACUUGAGAGAGAGCAGGAGAAUUCACUAGAAGUCUUCCCAAAAAAAGACCCCUGCACUGAGAUUGAGCAAUCUCAGAAAGAACUAUUUGGCUUUGCAUUUGAAAAUAUUCAAAGUAGAGAAGAAAUCUCAGAACAGAAACAGAUAAACAAAGAUGAAGUUGUGAGUGACCGAAGUAUUGAUACAGGAAAGUCUUCUUACAAGCUGAGCAAACUGAUAGAAGAAAAAGACUUUACAGAACAAAUAUUUGGUCAGAAAGGGUUGUCAUACUCUGAAGAUUUUGAGGGAGUCUCCCACAGAAAAGAAAAAUCAAUUGAAGAUGCCUCUGCUGAGUGUUACAAAGAUGACUUUGAGAUAUCUGUGCUAUCCCCCAGAAAAGACUCUCAGUCACUUAGAUUGAAAUCACUUCAUGCAAAAACUUCCAGAAGUGGGUCUACCAGUCUUGAAAGUGAUGAUGAAAUCAGUGAAUAUCUCAGUGACAAGUCUCUUUCUGUCUCAGGCAGCAUACAUUCAGAGAGAUUAUUAGAACUUAAGUCACCAACAGAGCUCAUAAAAGAUAAAGAACGCAGUGAUGUAACGAGAGAACCAGGUCCCAUUGACUCAUCACCUUGGGCCUCAGUUUCCAUCGUGGAAGAAGCAGAUGGCCUCCUAAAUUUCCAUAUUGGAGACAGGGUACUUGUGAGUAGUGUCCAGCCUGGAACACUGAAGUUCAAAGGUCUGACCAGGUUUGCUAAAGGCAUCUGGGCUGGUGUGGAACUGGAUAAGCCUGAAGGAAAUAACAAUGGAACUUACGAUGGUAUUAAAUAUUUUGAUUGCAAGGAAAAGCAUGGUAUUUUUGCCCCUCCUCAUAAGAUAUCUCAUAUUUCAGAAAGUUUUGAUACCUACGUAGAUACAAAUGAAGACUUGUUUUUUGAUGAUAAAUUGAAUCAGCACCACAAAACAGAGCCAAAAAACAAAGGAAGUUCCAAACCUGGCAAGUAUGAAGAGCAGGAAAGAGAUGCAACAGAAAAGUAUUCUCAAGAUAAAGCCCCAACAGGCAUAUCUGCUCAAGAAGGGCCAGCUGGGGAAAGAGAUAAUGAAGACUCCAGUCCUGAAGCAAAACAUGUGAAGGAGAUUUCUGCAGCUGUUGAAUCACUUGCCCAAGAGCAGUCUGUGAUAGACUGUCUCAAAUACUCUAUAAAAGAUGACAUUGUUCCUGGCACCAUAGAAAAGAUUUCUGCUGUUCUCUUAGAAGACACAUCAGAUAAUCUGUUGUCAGAAAAACUGGAAAAGCAACGGAUCUUAGGGGAGGAGUGUAUUGAAAAGUUAGAUCAUCUCUCUUCUAGAGUUUUGGAGAAACUUGCUACUCCACUUAUGGACUUAUUGACAAAAGAAAAGAGCCAGUUAGAAGCACAACUUAAAUUGCCACUUCGAGAAGAAGAAAAGUCAGAAGAUCAACUAGAAAAGGUCAGCUUGCUGACAGAUGUUCUCCUUAAGGACUUUCUUAAAGAUGCUGUUAAACAAUUUCAACAAAUCAAGAGGGUCAGGAAUGAGAAAAUUCAACUUAGCAAUCGAGAGCUUUGUGAUGGCCAAGAGGAAUUGUCACCCAGAACACCAACCCAACAUGUGGAGGAACAAGGAGAGAGUAGCUUGCAGGACUUUUUCUUAAAUUCUAAAUUGGAAGAUGAAAGAGAGGAAGUUUCUUCUCCAGAUAUGUGUCCCAGACCAGAAAGCCCAGUGUUUGGUGCCAGUGGGCAGAAAGAGCUUGCCAAGCGGUUAGCAGAACUGGAGCUGAGCCGAGAGUUCUUGAGUGCUUUAGGAGAUGAUCAAGACUGGUUUGAUGAAGACUUUGGUUUAAGCUCCCACAAGGUUCAGCAGAAGCAAGCUGAAGAACCAGCAGUGCUGCCCAAGACGGAGCCACAAAAAGUGCCAGCAAAGCCAUGUGAGGAACCUUUGGCUGUCCCUCAUACUGCAGUGGAAGUGGAAGGCAUGGUACAUGAAGCAGCUGAGGAGUUGUGGAAGUUGAAAGAGUUGGGUCACGAUCUUCAGAGUAUCAGCCUUCCUGUAGACCUUGGGAAUACCAUCCAGGAGCAGGACAUGGAGACCAUUAGCAAACAGGUCUAUAAAAAGGCAGUAUUUGAUUUAACAAGAGAAAUUUUUGGGGAAAUCUUUGCUGAGGAUCCUAAUCUCAAUCAACCCAUUUGGAUGAAACCAUACAGGAUCACUUCUUCAUACUUCCGGCGGGUAAAAGAUCCUAAUGACCUUGAUGAGAUCAAGAAUUUCAUUGCAGCUGAAGUGCUGAAGUUAUUCUGCUUGAGGAAGGAACCUAAUCACAAAACCGAUUGGCAGAAAAUGAUGAAAUUUGGACGAAAGAAGCGGGACAGAGUGGAUCAUAUACUGGUACAGGAACUCCAUGAGGAAGAAGCUCAGUGGGUGAACUAUGAUGAGGAUGAGCUGUGUGUGAAGAUGCAGUUGGCAGAUGGGAUCUUUGAGGCCUUAAUCAGAGACACCAUUGAUGUUCUUAACCAGAUAAAUGAAAAACAGCAGAGACUACUGCUUGUGUGACGUCCCUGGAAAUAAAUCAGACACUGUGUAAUCACUUGAGCUAUGGGCCUUUCUGCCUUCUGACACAUACUACACCUCCACCAUAACUACACUGCUGCUGGACUUUCAGCUGUGGAUUUUAAAGGCCACUUGGAUGUGAUGAAUCAACCUGGUUUUGCAUGCCCCACCUUGGGAGACCUUACACUGGAUCUCUUGUUUGCGACGAAUAGGAUCCCUCACUUGAUGUUGGCAUGUGGAGUGUUCAUGUCAUCCUUGUGCCAAGGAAGUACUCAGCUUAGCUGCCAGCAGCUCCCCAUGUCUCGGACUGGGCUGGGAACUGUAUGUUGUUCUCUGAAGCUGGGAUUGCUGAGCUGGGAGAGGUUGGGAGACUGGCCACUCUGCCUGGAAUUGUUGUCAAGAGUUGAAACUCAAGUGAUCUGUAGACACGUGCACCAGUGAUUAUGAUAACAACUGGUUUGGUCGGGUUUUAGCCAUAAAGAAGAUUUUAAAGCCCUUUACAGUGUUAUGCCCUUAACCACUUCUCCUUCUUACCCUGCAGGCCCAACUGCAUGCAUCAGUUUUUCCACUCCAGGGUCUGAUUCCAUUCUAAAGUCCACUUCCACUUUUGUUGCUGAGGCAUGGUACCCAACAGGAUCCCUGGGCUAAUCCAGGGGAAUUGGUAACCUUGCAUUCUUCAUCCAUUUACACAGUUCUUACCUCUUCCCUAUCUAUUUUACUUAAGUGCAGAACAAGAGCAAGGUAAAGGCUGCUGAAAGUUGGCUCCAACAGACUAGCCUGAGGCCAACUUUACUUCCGCCAUGUAGCAUUUCUUCACUUCCUGAACCACCAGCUGCUCCUUGAUAAAUGGAUACUCAGGAUUCUCUCAGGCAUCAGACAUGUGGGAGUGGAAAAUAUUUCUUCACACAGCUUUGGUCCUCAAUCCCUCCCUUGUUAGCACUGAACUCUUAUAAAUAGGAAGAGCUGCUGCUUGACAGAUGUAGGGAAAUGAGUGUUCUGCACCAAAGAAAGUGGUGUCCAGUGCUUGACUCUGUGCAUGUUUUGUGCUUGUGGGAUUUGUUUUAACUUAUUUUAAGAUAAUUUAUUAAAUUGGAAAUCAGGAACAUGUCCUGUGCAAUGGUUGCACUUUCUUAGGUUUUGAAAUGGCAGAACCUAUGAAAGGUACUUGGAUAACAUGACAUCUGUCCUGGAAACUUGUAGGGUCCAUAUUCUUUGCACAAAAAACCUCAGCCUCGUGGGACAAUGGGGAGGAUCAAGGGUGCCAAACCUUGGGAAGCAAAGGCACCAAUUGUAAAAGGAACCUCAGCUGGAACCAGUGUCAGAAAUUAUGAAGUGUUUGGAGUAAGCUAAAAACAAGAUCUCAGUACCCUUCCUGCUCUUAUUACCUUCCCUUUUUCAUCAGAAAUGGUUUCUUCCCAGGAGCUAUAGGCUGAAGAUGGCCACUGUGUGGUAUGUUUGGAGCUGUUCAGUUGCAGUGCUCUCUUGUCUUCUGAGGGCCUUCUUGACUUACCCAUUUUGUGGUUCUUGGUCGAACAUAGACAAUCUAGGGUUGAGUGUUGAUGCCUUAAUAGUGGAAGUCCUGUUUACCAGCACAGGACCAGACCCAGAGUAGAUUCAUAUUCUCCAGACAUGUGGGAGUGUUGAGGUGCACUCAGAAGCAUGUUAGGAGGCACCCAAAGAUGCUGUAGCCCUUGAUAUGCACAUAGGGUAAUCUCUGACCCUUUUCUGCAUCUGUCUGUUUCUUGGGCUUCCAACUAUGCAUACCUCCAUCACUGCUCCAUUGUGCUCCCUCCUUGUCCAUCUUUAUUUUUGGGAAACUGUCCUUGAAAUAUUUGCAUUUUGCACAGUGACACAAACACAGUCAUUUUUGUAAAUCAGGGACAGCAGUGAGAAAUGUUGGAGUGGGAGGAGGUUGAGCAUAUCUGAAUCUCACCUGUCAUAUAUUGCCAGCAUCUCGUUUGUGAGUUAUUAGUGAUGAGCCAUAUCUACAAGAGCAUAGUGAGCAAAAGAACAAAGGGAAACACAUAAUGUAGUGAAACAUGUCUGACCAAGCACGUAUAUCUGUCUGUCUGUGCUAACUUCCCUUAUAGCUGUAUGGAAGUCAGAUGAUCCUGUUGCAACAGCAUUCAGCUUCUCCUAAGCAAUUCACUUUUCCAUUUAAAUUAGUAAGAUAGCUGGGUUCAUGAUGCUGAACUUCAGAACUGCCAAGUGCUUCAAACAAACGAGAUAAAGCUGCUGUCUUUAAAUCAGCAUGGUGUCGUGGAUUGAGUCCCUGUCUCAGAUUCUGUUUCCUGGGCAUCUUCUUUUCAAAAGGGACAGUUAUUUUUAUAAAUGGCAAUAACAGUAGAGAGGGCAGAGCACCAGUACAGACAUCCACAAUGCAGAUUUAUAUUGUGCAUAUUGUAGAAAUGGUAGAAAAGGUUGUUUCCAUCCCUGAGAUAUCAUGGCCUAUGCUGAGGUAGUAAGAUGAUUUACCUCUCUGAGGGCACCUGCUAGGGUAUAGGGCUGGUAUGUGGGAAUUUGCAAGCAGCAACAGAGAUUGUUUGUUGCAGCUGGUUCCUCGCAAUGUGGAAGGAGGUUGGAGAGAACAUCUCAAAGUAUCUGUAACAAUUCCCAGCAGGAGCAAUGUGAACCAAAAUAACUGCAUAUGCCUGUUAAGUGACCUUCUCAACAUUGGAUGAGUACUGGGGUACAAUGGAGACUAGGACUCAAGAGCAUUGAGACAUGGUAAUGGUCCCUUUAGGUCAGAGUUCAUAACAGAUUUUCAGCUGAGAUGUGGAAUCUCUGGGCUGAAUAAACAAAUUACACUUCACUGCUCUCCCUUCCCCCUACUUCUCCAAGUUUAAGAUAUUCUGUCAUGAUAAUGAUCUGAUCCUUAUUAAAUUGUCUUGGUGAAAGAGUAGGAAAUCCAAGGUUAAAGGGAUACUGGUACUCCCUUUAUUUUUUGAGCAGCAAAUUGGAGCAAGCUUUCUCUAGUAGAGAUCAAAAGCACUGGAUUGAGUUGAUAUGGAAACUUAAUCCCCUUUUCAGCCCAGGAAAAGAUCAGUCAAUGCCAUAUAGAAAAGCCCAGGCUUGUGUGAAUAUGGAAGGUGACCCUCUCUCACAAUAGGAUGCUUCCUAAGCUACUGAUUUUUGGAAUAUUACUACUAUACCUUUUUGAUUAUGUUCUGUUGCUCAUAAAGUUGAGUAGUUUAUUGAAAAAAAAUCUAUCUUGUUCGCUUUCUUUUCCUGAAAAAGUGGCCUUAGCUAUUUGCAAUACUUGAAUAAAGUGUGUACCUGCAGAAGAUAUUCAGUAGCACAGUGAUAGAGAACAUUUAAAUAACUAUCUUGCAAAGAACGGAGUGCAGUUCUGACUUUUGUAUCCCUUUGCUACCUUAAGAAUCUUGGGAGAAUAAAAUUCUUUCCAGCAGAGGAAGAGUUGAUGCAUACAAAGUGCUUAGUUUGAACUAUAGGAAUUCUGAAAUGUUUACAAAUCACCUAAAAUGGAGAAAAAAAUAUCAAGAACUUAUUUGUAAUUUAAAAACUAAAUGCAAAAAUACAUACAGAUGUGAGAGAGGAGUACUGUAAUUAACCUGCAUUUGAGAGGUUUUUUCCUUGACUUUGCAGAGCCUUUUGAUACACAUUUGCAAAGCCGCCUUUUGGGAGGUCUGGCCUCCUCAUGUACUGUAUUGUGCAGAUAUUAACAAUAAACCAGUUUACUGUGUACGUGUAUAUAACUUGUUCACUUGGUUCUGGGCCAGUUUCAGUGAAUAAUCCUACCCGGAGCAGCUUUGCACAGUAGACAUAAAGAUGUGGGGUUUUUUUUGUAAUUAAGAACUGUAAAAUACACCAGGGUGGUCCCUGUGUACACCAGUGUAAAUAUCUUUGUUAACUGAAAUGUACUUUAAGAGGAUAAAAUCUGUAAAUAAACUGAUUUAUAAAUUUAA